AGCUGUUCCCUCAGCUGAUUCUCGGGGACUGGUUCAUCACCUCCGAAUACUCCUGUGACAGGAGGCACUGGCAAAGCCCGCCCCCAGCCCCAGGCAGCAAUAAAUAGAAGGCUCUCAGCCCAGGAGAAGCAAGGAGAAGUUUCUAGGCCCGCGUCCCUGGGUUUAUUAACCUCCUGACGCUCCUCCAUGAGACGUCUCAGCGGCUCUGGCUGAGAGCCUGGACAGCCUGGGAGGACAGUGACUGGCUGAUCUCCGGUGAGGCAGUGCGGAGAGGGGCCCUCUGGAAUUCUGCUGGGCCGGCAGGUGGUCGCCUUUGGAGUGUCUUUGGGGGCUGGGACCCCAGCCGGGUACCCCCUCUGUCCUUGGCAGUGGAUGGUUCAGCGUUUUCUGAAGCUGAAGAAUAAGCUCGGAGGGCCAGCGCCCCCACCCCCCCACAUCACCUUGCUGUGUGACCUUGGGCAGGUGGCUCCCUCUCUCUGAGCCUCCGUUGCCCCUCCAGCUCAGCAGCCAUGGCUGAUGGUCAGAUGCCCUUCUCCUGCCACUAUCCAAGCCGCCUGCGCCGGGACCCCUUCCGGGACUCGUCCCUCCCCUCGCGCCUGCUGGAUGAUGACUUUGGCAUGGACCCCUUCCCCGACGACCUGACGGCCUCAUGGCGCAACUGGGCCCUGCCUCGAUUCUCCCCGGGGUGGCCUGGGACCCUGAGGUCAGGCAUGGUGCCUCGGGGGCCGACGGCUGCAGCCAGGUUUGGGGUACCUGGGGAGGGCAGAAGUCCCCCACCCUUCCCCGGGGAGCCCUGGAAAGUGUGCGUCAACGUGCACAGCUUUAAGCCAGAGGAGCUGAUGGUGAAGACGAAAGACGGAUACGUGGAAGUGUCUGGCAAACAUGAAGAGAAGCAGCAAGAAGGUGGCAUCGUUUCCAAGAACUUCACAAAGAAAAUCCAGUAAGUCCCCUGGCGGUGUGUUUUCCAGGGUGGGGGCGGAGCAGCGGGUAGUGUCUGGGACCCGAGAUCUGGUGUGUCUCCCUCUUGGGCAUCUCUCUUUCAAGACAAGCCCCAGGGCGGGGAAUUGAACCCUCACCGCUCAUCCCUCACACCUAAAGGGGAGAAGGUGUCACAGCAAACCUGUGAUUCCGUGAAAAUCGGGGCACCCUCCGACCCACGUGGUAUGUCUGGGGAGUAUCUCCAUCACCAUCAAGAGGGCCUGUCCCCUGAUGCCCAAAUGCCCAGUAGAAUCUUGCGAAAGUUGCUUGCUCUGAGUGUCCCACCACCACCCGGAGAGCAUGCCGCCUUCCCUAGAGCAUGAAGCUGGAAGGUGUCCCGACAUUGCUGUUUCCUCCCGGGGGGGGCUUUGGAGGCUGAGACUUUGGGACACGUGAAGGGCAGGUUUUGCUGAGGGGUGUGGGAAGGGCUGAGCCUGGGGGAAUCAUGCCAGCACCAGGAAGACCACCAGGCUGGGCCAGUGAAUCAAAGCCAACCGUAGGGAGGGAGCCUGCGGCAAGGUGCCGAAGAGAGACACCUCUUCCCACGCACACCCUCUAGGCAGCAGCACCCGCCACGUACACUUCUGGCCCCAAAGUCUUGUCCCAGUCAGUGCAGUUAAUCUCUGCUGCGGGCAGAAGAGACAUUACCCUCCUUGUAUGAUGGGGAAACUGAGUUCCCAGAGGUGAAGAGACCUGCCCAGAGUCCUUACGAUUUGAAUUUAGAACAGCCCCCAACCGAUCCCUGAACCCUGAGUGCCACGCUCAUGUCUGGAGCAAGGGAUGCCCCUUCCUUACCCGUAAAAGGGAUCGGGUGGGUGCUGAUUCCAGAGUCACAGCCACCAGCGCACAGUAGGUCCCCAGAAGUGGCAGUUUGUUGUGACUAUUACUGGUGGUGGUGUUGAGUCUUUACUCCAUGCCUGGCCCUGGCAGAAAUGUCCCGGGGCUGGAAGCGAGUGUGCUGGCUGCAUUGAGGCUUCUUUCAGCUUUGGGAUUCGGCAGGCCUGUCUCUCCUGCCAUGUGCCCAGUCCUGACCCGCCCAGCGCCCCUGGAGUUCUUAGAAGCCCAUGGACGCUUCCUGAUAAGGCAAACGGCUGUUUUUCUUCACGCUCGCUGGCUCGCCUGCCAUCCCCAAAACCCACACCUCUCCCUGGUAUAGCAGCCACAUGAAACG